AACCUUCUAGACCAUGCGAGGUAAAAUUCAUGCAGAAAACUCUAAUUUAUAAGGAUGAAGAAAUAACGGAAAAGCUCUAACGUCUCUAAAGCGGCUAAGAGCUCGGCUAUGCAUAAUAUUUACCCAAGAUGAUGAACAAGAUCGCGGUUUUGAUUUUUGGUUUGGGGUUUCUGUUUUAUCGCAUGCAAGUUUAUUUUAUUGUUCGCGAAGAAAAAGCUGAAUUGCAUUCUUGGUUAGAGCAGCACGAUCUUCUGGAUUAUGAGGCUAAAUUGCACAAAUUUGGUAUUCUUACUAAAGCCAAGUUUGCAACCCUUGAUGCUAAAAGGUUUCUAACAAGACAUGGAUCAUUUUGGGGAGUUUUUACAUUUACAUCUGAGAAGGAAAAACUAGAGCAGGCUGUACAGAAAGCCAGACUUGAACUACAACUUCUGUCUUGGCUACAACAAAUUCAUUUGGAUACCUAUUACUCAAAACUGUUAUCACAAGGGAUAAACAGUGUAGACAGAUUGAUAAAAAACCACAAAUCUGAUUUGUUGAGAAAGAUUGUUACUGAUGAGGAUUUUAAAAAGUUUCAAGAAGCAGUUGAAAAGCAACAAGGUCACUUUGUAGAUUCUCCUCCUUUGAGGGGUGUAUUAAUGUUAUUUUCUUUUUCUUGGUGGAGCAUAAAAUUUUUAGGUAGAGUGCUUCUUGUCAUGGUUGGCAGCAUAGCACUCUUGGUAUGUCUCAGUGUUGGAUUCUCUAGAAUCAAAUCCAGAAGUCAGCAACACAAGUCUAGUUUCUUUGGAUAUGUUCUUGGCUUAGCCCUUGAGCCUUCAUUUACAAAAGUUAUUUGGGAGUGGGAAGAUCCUCAUAUUGUGGGUGAAUCAAUGUCAUUUAUCCUCAAGUUUUACCGAAUGAAUGCCACUCCAUAUUCUGUAUCAAAAGAAGAUUACAUCCUAGUUGAAAUAAUGCACAACAACAACUUCAUUGUGUCAUCACGGGAAUAUGGUGGUGAAAAAUGGAGAGAUGGGAAUGCCAUGAGAGUUUCCUUUACUGUCCGAGAGGCUGGAGCCUAUAAAAUAUCUGUUCUGGUGAAGGGAAAACCAAUCAGGGACAGUCCAUUUACAAAAACAUUUUUACCAGGUGUGGUUGAUCCAUCCAAAUGCAGUAUUCUAGAAGGCAGCUCACUGCUUGAGGUGCAGCAAGGGAUAUAUACUCCUCUCACUGUUGAGGCUCGUGACAAGUUUGGGAAUGUCUGUCCUCUUUCAGUUCAAGAUGUUCACUCCUACUGUGUGGAAAUAACUGAGAUUGGAAGCAGUGAAAAGACAGACCCUGAACUUGUGAUUCUACCAGAUGGAUUUGACAAGAAUAAUGUCCUCCACAUAAAGCUGGAUGAUGAAGGAUGUUUCAAUGCAGUUGUUAAAUAUAAUGGAGUUACACUGAAUCAAGGAAAGCUUACUGUCAUUUCCCUCAAUCCUAAAGAUGCUGAACAUGUCAACAAGAAUAUAAAGAAUAAAUGUUGGAAUGUAUGGUAUGAAGCAUAUCUUCUGGUGAAUGAUGAUACAUCUCCAGCAGCAUCUUCUGGCUCAAGUACCCCUGCCACACCCAACAUGCCCUCUGGGGCAAGAAGACCAUCCAGCAAUUUUGAACAAGCUUCUAUUGCUAUAACUGGAUUGAAUAUCAAUGGCCUGAAAAAGUCUCGCAAAGUCUACUGUUACAUCUCCAAAAAGCAAUUACAAAUCAAAGAAUUUUACAUGAGGAUUAUUCCACACAGACUGUAUGGAUUCCGAGUUCGGCCCACAACAAAGAUUAUUCUGCAUCCCCCUGACCGUAGUGUCGAUUAUCCAGCGUUUACUGUAGACGAUGGUUCGCAGCCUCCGAUAACUGUGAUGUGCAAAGAAAGAAAUGUAUUGGUGGCGACCUUCUCAAGACUUUUGCUCACGAAAAUAGGAGGGUCAGAGAGCUUCAAAGACAAACAGGAAUUCUUUUAUCGUGAAUUACUCAACUACCACGGGCGAAAAACGAGUGAAGUGAACUUAAAGAUAGAUCGACGUAAACUCUUGGAGAGUUCCUAUCAAGCCACAAUGAAGACAUUCUAUUCCAGCGACUGGUUAAAAUAUUUUAAAAUCACGUUUAAAGACGAACCAGGUGUUGACUGGGGUGGCUUGCGGCGUGAAUGGUUUGAGUUGUUGUGCAAGGCACUGUUUUCUCACGAAGCUGGAUUCUUCAGUCGCUUCAACGCUGAUGAUCCUCAAGCUCUGGUUCAUCCGAAUCCGCGGAGACCUGCUCAUUUGAAAGUUAAAUUUUACGAGUUCGCCGGGCGCAUCGUUGGAAAAUGCUUGUACGAGUCCGCUAUGGGAUCAACACGGAGAUUAAAUGUGAAAGCGCGAUUUAGCAGAUCAUUCCUUGCUCAGCUACUUGGUCUUCGUGUAAGCUACAGGUACUUCGAGAUUGACGACAAGGACUUCUAUCGGAGCAAAAUCAAAUUCAUCGAGGAGAAUGACCCGGAGGACUUGACACUAGUAUUUGCAGAGGAGGAGUACGAUCAGCAGGGGCGCUUAGAGAAGUUGGAGGAGUUAAAACCAGGUGGAGCUCAGAUACCAGUCACAGAAUCAAACAAGAAAGAAUAUCUGGACUUAUUGGCUCAGUAUCGUCUUGCAACCUCUGUUAAACAGGAGAUUGAAGCUUUUGUGAAAGGUUUGAAUGAAAUUGUACCAGACAGUCUGCUGAGUGUGUUCGAUGAAUAUGAGCUGGAGCUUUUGAUGUGUGGGACUGGAAACAUCAGUGUUACAGAUUUCCAAAACAAUCAUACUGUUACGCAUGAUAUGGCACCAUUUAGAAAGACUUUGGAGUGGUUUUGGACGAUUGUGACUAGUUUUACUCAAGAAGAGCUUGCUCGACUGGUGCAGUUUAUCACAGGUUCUUCUCAACUUCCCCCUGGGGGAUUUGCCGAACUCUCUCCCCAAAUACAGAUCUCGUACGCUCCAUUUACAAACGCACUUCCCACAGCACAUACUUGUUUUAACCAGCUCUGUUUACCAUCCUACUCGUCCUUCAAAGAGAUGCAGAAGAAACUUUUACUUGCAAUAAACGAGGGAAGCGAAGGAUUUGGUUUUGCGUAAGAAUGGAGAAUUAACAAGAUCAUUAGAUGUGCUUCGAAAAAUUAUAUCGAUGGAAAAUUGACUGGGACUAAGACAUUUUCUCUAGUACGCAGACCCUCGCAUUUCUCUGAUCGGAAGGGAUUUUCUCAUCACAGCAUCUGCGCGUUGUUAAGCAUCUAGAGAAGUAACAAGAGAGCAAGUCACCCCCGAGUGCGGGAAAUUGAUCGAUAACCAAAUUCUUAGAAAUAACGUCCUACGACAACGUACUGAGGGCUUAAGGAGUAACGCUUCGCUUGUAUUUUCUGUAGGAAAUAUUAUCAAAAGUUUUAAUAGCCGUACAGUCAGCAGUACUGACAUAACGAUUCUGCGAUCAUAACUGGAUUAGACAAUAAUUUUAUGAAAUCGGGCACAUUGUAGACAGAACAAAGUAGCUUUGUAAAAGGAGCUGCUCAAACCCACCUGAUUGUUUUUAUUACGUGCAACUCAAAACAACUUUUUCUUAUUAAAGCUGGUAGAGUGA